AUGUUCUCCGUGAUCUUGGUGUCCGCUCUGAUAUUGUCGAACGUCGUAGCCACGGCUACGGCAUUAGACCAACUCAGAUCGUACGAUGACAGACAAUUCUCAUCUAUCGCAUCAUCGCAGGAGGGCACGUCCGUCGUGGAACUGCAACAAGAAACGCUAGCCAAUGCCAUAUCUGAUCGCUCGCAGGACAUCCUGCUGUACGCAUACUCGCCCACAUGCGGACCUUGCAAACGAUUCUCUCCAAUCUACCAGCAGUUGGCUUCUUUCUAUACCUCUGAAGAACAAUCGAACAAGAUUUUGAUAUCUCAGAUCGACGGUACACAGAACGACCUACCGUUCAAAGUCGUGGGCUAUCCGCAGAUAAUGUUGUAUUCGGCCAAGGCAGACAGCUCGCCACUAGAGUACGUGGUUCAGAAGCUUGAUAUCUCGGCUGCUCUGGGAAUUGCAAAGUUUGUAGAGACCGAAAGCGUCUCUCAUCUGCCAGUGCCCAAUAGCCUCGUCCUGGCCCAUGCGGUGAGCAGAGCAGCAUCAGCUUCACAGCCAGCGGCAGGUGUAUCGGAGCGGCACGAAGAGCUGUGA